CGGACCCGUCCAAGCCGGCGCGUCAUCCAUCCAUCUCCGAGGCCAAGGGUCACUGCGUAUCACUAGUAUCUGCGUUCACUACCUCCAACCCCAUCUCGCAAUCCUGACCUCUUGGAAUCUAACAUCCCUCAUCAAGUUGUCCAUCAUGCCCGCCAUCGAAUUCGUAACAGAGUUGCCGGGUCAUGCCGGGCCCGCUUGGGCUGUCUCCUGGAACCCUUGUCGACCGAUUCUGGCAUCUUGCUCUAGCGACAAGACGGUCCGCCUGUAUGGAUAUAACGUCAAACAGUCUACCGACUCGGAGGGCGCCAAUGACAGGUUCGAAUUCCGGUUCCUCCAAGAGAUCCCCACCGCUCACAAGCGUACGAUUCGAUCGAUCGCAUGGUCACCUAACGGCAAAUCUCUGGCUACCGGUUCUUUCGAUUCAACCGUAGGAAUCUGGGAGGAAGUCGACGAAUACGAGGGGGUGGAGGGCGUCGAGCGGUAUCAGGAUGAUUCGGUCGAGAAAGAGUGGGAGUGUAUUACGACCUUGGAAGGACACGAGAGCGAAUGUAAAGGCGUGAGUUGGAGUUCGGAUGGGACACUCUUAGCAAGCUGUUCCAGAGACAAAAGUGUCUGGAUUUGGGAACUACAAGCGGACGGCGAUUUCGAAUGUAUCUCGGUCAUGAUGGAGCACACCCAAGAUGUCAAAUCGAUAGCUUGGCACCCUUCAGAAGAGAUCUUGGCUUCAGCAUCUUAUGACGCUUCCAUCUACCUGUUUGCCGAUGACCCCGAUUCGGACUGGUCGCCUUUUCAAAAGCUCAACCCGAGUCUGCCUGCUGCUCCCGCUUCGAUAUCGACGGAAGGCUCUACCUCUCUCUCGGCUGCCACGGUCGAAUCUACUCCAGACUUCGUGGUACCACCGUUGCAAGAGCCCGAGACUGUUUGGUCCCUAGCUUAUAGUCCUUGCGGACGAUAUCUGGCGAGUGGCGGUGAUAGUGGCGGGAUUCGGAUCUGGGAACGCAGUGGAAACGACAUUGACUCCAGGUGGAUUGAAAGAACACACGUCGAAGCUCAUCGGGCUCGAGCUUGCUUUGCCUUGUCCUGGAUAGCCGGCUCAGGUCCUGCUGACGGUGCGGAUGAGAUCAGUGUCGGCAGGCUUGUCAGUGUCGGCGGCGAUGGCCGUAUAUGUCUCUGGAAUGUGGCCAAGGGAGAAAUGCAGCAGGAUCAGACCUCGCAACCUAUUCAAAUGCAGCUCUUGACCCUUCGGGAACAGGCUCACACAAUCUAUGACAUCAACUCCGUAGCGGUGCUUCAGCGAAACGUAUCGCCCGGUGCCCGGCUGUUCGCCACAGCUGGCGAUGAUGGCGGCGUCAAGAUAUGGCGGAUAUCGGACAUGUAAAUUAGGCUAACCAAUACACGACCAGAAACAUAGAGAUACUUUUAUUCUGGCAAUUAGAGUAGUUUACUGUUUGAUACGGUACUGGGCUCGGCAUUAUCUAGGAUGCGGACAGGUUGUUGUAAAACCCUAAGAGAAAGGUAGAGAUGGAACCCUACGCUUCCUAAGUCUCCUAUUUGUUUACCGGGUGCGCUCGAAGCGAAUGGAUUUCACCGUCGUUAUCGAGCCUCUCGAAGUACGAAGCGCCGUCGCCUUCAGGGCAAGAAACAUGACAAAUGGACAAUACCAGCAGAC